AAAGCACGAUCAGCUCACGAUGUUCCAGUUGUUCGUGAGUUUGUGGACGUGUUCCCAAACGAGCUUCCAGGAGGACCGCCUAACCGGCAGGUGGAGUUCUCUAUCGAUCUCAUUCCGGGAGCCGGCCCAGUAUCCAAAGCCCCGUACCGUAUGGCGCCGAAGGAGUUGCAGGAGCUUAAGGCGCAGAUCCAGGAGUUAUUACGACUCGGUUUCAUUCGGCCGAGCGUGUCACCUUGGGGAGCACCCGUUCUCUUUGUCAAGAAGAAGGACAGUUCCGUGCGCAUGUGUAUCGACUACCGGGAUCUUAACCGGUUGACGAUCAAGAACAAGUAUCCGCUUCCCAGGAUCGACAAUUUAUUUGAUCAGCUGAGGGGAGCCUGUGUUUUCUCAAAGAUUGAUUUGCGAUCAGGCUACCACCAGCUGAAGAUCAAGGAGUCAGAUAUUACUAAGACCGCUUUCCGUACUUGUUACAGCCAUUAUGAGUUUGUCGUCAUGCCAUUCGGCCUCAGUAAUGCUUCAGCGGUUUUCAUGGACCUAAUGAACCGUAUUUUCCAUCCUUACCUCGAUCAGUUCGUUAUUGUUUUCAUUGACGAUAUUCUUAUCUACUCGAAGAGCCAGAAGGAGCACGAGGAGCAUCUGAGGGUUGUUCUCGAAACCCUCAGACGAGAAAAGUUAUAUGCAAAAUUCUCCAAGUGCGAGUUUUGGCUCCAGCGAGUAGCCUUUCUGGGUCAUGUUAUUACUCAGGCAGGUAUCGAGGUAGAUCCUUCCAAGGUCUCAGCUGUUCAGAACUGGUCGACACCGAACAGUCCGUCCGAGGUUCGCAGUUUUCUCGGUCUAGCUGGCUACUAUUGCAGGUUUAUCGAGGGCUUUUCUAAGAUUGCCCUCCCACUAUCCCAGCUGACGAGAAAGUCUGUGAAGUUCGAGUGGACUGAUCAAUGUGAGUCGAGCUUUCAGGAGCUCAAGAAGAGAUUAGCUUCAGCACCGGUGUUGACUAUUCCCGAUCCUUCUUGGAGUUUCACCAUUUUCAGCGAUGCUUCGAGACGGGGUUUGGGAUGCGUUCUUAUGCAGGAUGGCCAGGUCAUCGCGUAUGCUUCACGUCAGCUCAAGCCACAUGAACAGAACUAUCCGACGCAUGACUUGGAGUUAGCCGCAAUUGUUCAUGCUCUCAAGAUUUGGCGACAUUAUCUUUACGGCGGUCGUUGCGAGAUUUUCACAGAUCAUAAGAGCCUGCAGUAUAUUUUUACUCAAAAGGAGCUUAACAUGAGACAGCGCCGUUGGUUUGAGCUUGUCAAGGAUUAUGAUUGCUCUAUUCAGUACCAUCCGGGAAAGGCGAACGUCGUUGCGGACGCCCUAAGCCGAAAGGUGAGGGGUGACUUGACGUACGUCGA